GGAGACUUUCUGUUCUGACCGACGUGAACGAAAGCGGAACUAUUAUCGCCGAGUCCGAAUUUGAACGGAGCCUCUUCGGUGUCGCACGCUGUCAAAACAGAAAUCAGCACCAGUGCAGAAGAUAUCACAUUUGGUGGAAACUUUAAAUAACUGCAUCCACAGGAGGAACUUUAAGGUCCAGCUGGUUAUUUCUGGUAUGGAUGGCACUGUGAUGGAGGAGGAAGAUGACUGCCCGGAGCUGGUGCCCAUCGACACCCCGCCCGGCCCUCCUGCAGAGCAGAUACCUGUCACCAUCAUCACGGGCUACCUCGGUGCUGGAAAGACUACACUCCUGAACUAUAUCUUAACAGAACAACACAGCAAGCGGAUUGCUGUCAUCCUCAAUGAAUUUGGAGAGGGCAGCGCCCUUGAGAAGUCCCUCGCUGUAAGCCAGGCAGGCGAGCUGUAUGAGGAGUGGCUGGAACUGAGGAAUGGCUGCCUCUGCUGCUCUGUCAAGGACAACGGUCUCAAAGCCAUCGAGAACCUGAUGGAGAAGAAAGGAAAGUUUGACUACAUCCUGCUGGAAACCACGGGGCUCGCUGAUCCAGGAGCCGUGGCCUCCAUGUUCUGGGUCGAUGCAGAGCUCGGCAGUGACAUCUACUUGGAUGGCAUCGUCACGGUCAUCGACGCCAAGCAUGGACUUCAGCAACUAACAGAGGAAAAAGCGGACGGACUCGUCAAUGAAGCAGCCAGGCAGAUUGCCGUCGCUGACCUGACCAUAAUCAACAAGACAGACCUGGUGAAUGAAGAGGAACUCGGUCAAAUCCGAGAGGCGGUCAGGUCUGUAAAUGGUCUUGUCAAGAUUCUAGAAUGCCAGAGGUCAAAGGUGAAUCUCUCCGAAGUGCUGGAUCUGCAUUCCUUCGACAGUAAGGACGGAGCCAAUCUCGCUGAGAAGCUCCAGCUGGUGAAAGACACAAGGCCACAUCUUGACAAGAGUAUUUUAACUGUGACAUUUGAAGUGGCUGGCGAUCUCUCUGAGGAUGCUCUGAAUGUUUUCAUCCAGGAGCUCCUGUGGGAGAAGAUGUUCAAAAACAAAGAGGGGCAACCCAUGACUGUCAUUCGGUUAAAGGGCAUAGUAUCCUUUGCAGGUAAAGCCCACCAAGUGAUGCUGCAGGGGGUUCACGAGCUGUAUGACCUGAAUGAGACUCCACAGCUUUGGGAGGAGAACCCGCGGAUCAACCGGCUGGUCUUUAUAGGGAGGAACCUGGACAAGAACAUUCUGCAGGAACAGUUCAUCUCUACAGUGCUGGAAGGAGCACAGGGAAACUAGCCACAAACUUUCCUUCCCCUUUGCAUUGAAACCUGAUGAUUCUGGGGCAAAAGGUCGUGGCUUUUGGCCGUCCAUAAACCUGGCAGCGUGUCUCAGACAGUUUCCUCCUUUCCUCAGUGGACGGUUACGGUUACAGUCAUGAUCCAUACAGUAGUUUUCACAUUGUGAUAAUCCAGCAUACCUGCUUUAAAAGCUACAGCAUAUCAAAAGGUGUUUAUGUGGCUGUAGUGUCUGAGCUAAAUGCUUUGUGUCACCCCUGGAAACCUAUUUUGAUCGUGGACUUUAAAAUGUGUACACACACACACACAAAGAUGCAAGGAAUUAUUAUAAUUUUUUUCUCAGAAAGAUGGCUUUGUAAAAUCUGCCAUUAUUUAUUUUUCAGGUCGGGAGCCCCAGUAGUGUUAGAAGUUGCAAAGUGACGCACAUAAUGUAUCAAGUGUGGUACAAGACUGUACUUUGUAAACAAUUUCCUGGCUUUUAACUUCCUGUAUUUUUAAAAUUAUUCAAAAUAAACUUAUUUUUUCCUGAACAAGU